CCUCAACCUUCUCCCUCCCCCGCUCCUGCUUCCAUGAUGGCGACAGGGCGGUAGACACCGGAGAGGAGCGACUGCACCGAGGUGCCGCCCCCCUCGCCUCACACUUGAGUGAGCGCGGGGGAACCCGGCCGGAUUGGGCGAGCGAGCAGCCCUCUAGGCGAGUGCUCGCCACCGCCCUCGGCAUUGCUGCCGCCGCCGCCGCCCCGCCUCCUCCCUCUGUACUCGGGCAGGACGAGGAAGCGAGAAGCAUGGCGGAAACGGCGGGGCUGAGCCCUGGGGCCACCGCAGCUGCAGCACGAGUCCCACCCCCCCACAGCGGCGGCGGGAGCUGCUGCCGGAGCCUGCCCCGUCGUUGCUGCCGUCGCUUUGAAGGACUCGCCACGGUGGAGGAACAACCGCCGCAGACCCGGGGCCGCCAGGGGAACCGGAGCUAAGCUCCGUCCCUCUCCACACCGCCACUCGCUGAGAAGGGACUCUGGCGAGAAGGAUCAGGCGGGCGGGCGGGCGGGCGGGCUCGCUCUCUCCUCCACCCCGCCCCAGCGGCGGGCCCCACUGUGGGUAGCGGCGGCGGCGGCGGAACCUGAAAGCAGCAGAAGCGAGGGAGGAAGAGGAGGCGGAGGAGGACGACUAUGGGCGCCAAGCAGAGCGGCCCGGCCGCCACCAAUGGCCGCACCCGGGCUUACUCCGGCGGGGAUUUGCCUUCAAGCAGCGGCGGCGGCGCUAACGGGACUGGCGGGCGGCCGGUAGGCGGCGGCGCAGGAGCGGGAAGAUACACGCACCUGGCGCCGGGAGUGCACCACGCGGCCCCCGGCAGCUCGGCGACCGGAGCGGCGGCGGCGGCGGCGGCUUUCCCUGUGGCAGCGCCCAGGAGCAGGUCUCUCGGGGGGCAGGCCGCCUCCGGGACUCGCGCCGCGCAUUCUGCCUUCAAUAUCCCCAACAGCAGCGGCCUGUAUGGCUCCCAGGACUCGGUCAACAGCACCCCCGAGGAAGUGGGGCGGGAGCGGCCCGUGGCGGGCGGUGGCGGCGCUGGAGGAGGACGCGGCGGCGGCGGCCCCCGACUAGUCAUCGGCUCACUGCCCUCCCACCUCUCGCCUCACCUGUUUGGAGGAUUUAAGUGCCCUGUUUGUUCAAAGUUUGUAUCUUCGGAUGAAAUGGAUUUACAUCUUGUGAUGUGCUUGACAAAACCAAGGAUAACCUAUAAUGAGGAUGUACUGACUAAAGAUGCUGGGGAGUGUGCAAUUUGCCUGGAAGAGCUGCAGCAAGGGGAUACAAUAGCAAGAUUGCCUUGCCUGUGCAUAUAUCAUAAAGGAUGCAUAGAUGAAUGGUUUGAAGUGAACAGAUCUUGUCCUGAGCAUCCCUCGGAUUAAUGAUGGAGUUUCCUAUUUUUGUAGUCUCUUACACUGAUCAACAAAUGUAAAGGACUUGAAGUUCCAUCUUCAGAAGCUAAUUUGAGAGUGGACAUGUGUUUGUUUUGGACCAGGAAAGGCAGAGAUGGAAUAUGCCAUGAGACAAAUGAUGUGAAGUUGGAGCUGAAGCCGGAGCUCAGUGUGUCAAAUUCUUACUGAAAGGAGAUACAGGGAUUCUGAAAAUGCUGCACAUCCUGGAAUAAUCCUCUUCCCGCAGACUUUACAGACACUGUUUUGUAUCUACAGGCCAAAGUUACUAAUUUUCAGUUUAAUUUUUUUAAAGCAGUCUACAGAAGCAGGAUGUUAUCACACCCUUCCUUGAAUGGAAGCUUUGCUAGAACAUUAUAUAAGGAAGGUGAUGGUGCCAUUCUUUGGUUGGAAUCCUGCCCCUCACGGGCUGAAAAUAAAUAAAUGGCAAACUGUGAAGUACAGUCAAACGGUGUGAACUGACUCAUGGUAUCUCCCACCCCAUUAUCAAUAUGCCGUUCACAUUUUUUCUGUGAAAGAAUGCAACAUUCCUUGACUUGGGACAUUUUUGUAAGUACAGCUUUGUCAGAAUGCAGCCCAAAGAGCAAAAUGUAACCAAGGCAGACUAUUGACAUUGUUGAUCAGGCUAUAGACUUGUUGAAAUUCACAUACUAUGUUCAUUCCUAUAUAAGAAUACUAAAAUCCACGUUUACUACUUAUGGGUAUUAACACAGCAGAAUUUUUUUUAAAAGAGAACAUAAUCUAGCAGCUAUGCAAUUUUUUUUAAUAUAGGGAAAUAAGAAUUACCAUCUCAAUUGCUGCCAGUUAAGGUAAUUUUAACGGGUACUUUUUAAAAUGUUUCAGGUAGUUAUUUUCUGGUACUACUUUACUGUCCAGGCUGCCCCUCUCUGGCCGAGUAGCCACAAAAGUCAGGCAAAAUGCGGAUUUGCAUGGGGAUGGGACCAGUGUUGACUACAACUCCCAGAAUCUCCAGCUGCAAUAGCUUUUGCUUGGAGAUUCUAGGAGCUGUAGUCAACAACAUCUGGGAAUCCCUGUUAGAGGGAACACUGGAUGGGACCUGGAUUGACAUUUUUGUGUGUAUUUUUUGUUUUUAAUUGAUGAUGAUUGUCCCAAUGGCAGAUCAUAGUAAUUUGCAUCUAACACCAUUGGUCAAGCCUUUGACAGUGGCUAGAAUUCUUUGCCCAGUUGCACAUGCUUCAGCCCAUUACUAUUAAUGGACAAGCAUGCAUAACUGUGCGUAGGGUUAAAGUGAGCAUCUGUAUUUCUUCAACCUAUAAUACUUUACUGCUGUGGCUUACCAUAAAUUGUAAAAUGAGGUAUCUGGGAAGAAUUAGGGAAGAAGCUCACAGAGUAAAAUUGGGAGUUAAUAUAUUCAUUUCCACAUGGAAAGGGGGACCUCUUUGAAAGCUAAUAAAAUAUCUUGUGAAGUUUGUAAUAAGAAGGAAAAUGUUUAAUAAAAGUGACCGAAAUUAAUAUUCUGUUUAAAUAGCAAUCUAAGCUGUAUGUCAUAUUUCCUUAUUCUGAAUUCUGCUUCCCUUAAGAUCAUAUUUUUUUUCAUUUCUGUUGACUGUUAUCUGUGUUUAAUUUGCAAACAUACACGUAUAGAAACUGCUGCUGUUUACCUUGCGCAAAAAUGCAUGUGUGGUGUUCAUGUGUGGGCAUUCUUGGUACCCUGUUACUUAUCUACAUCCCUCAAAAAUCACAGAGUGUACAAUCACCAAUAACUUCUUAAAUGAUGGUUAAAACGGUUUUACUCUCCAGUGUAGAAAUGUCCUCAGUCUGUAGCCAACAACCUCUGUUGACUUGAGGAGGAGGAGGAGCAGACAGUAUUGUGCAUUACUCUGAUUAUGUUCUGUGUGCUGCUCUUCUUGGCAGAACUAGAUGUUUGGCAAACACACACUUUUCAACCUUUAGUGUGCCACAAAGGGGCUGUAGGGGAGAUGCAGCAGACAGGAGAAAGAAUUGUUUUUCCAUUACCACCACCACCACCCAGUCCUUUUGGCUUGAAAAUUUCCUCUUGGAGCCCAGCCAGGGAUGUGUUUCAGAGGGAAGGUGAUGGGUGGGGAAAGUGUAAAUAUAUAUGUCUGCCUUUUUCCAUUUUGCAUGCUGGAAAAGCUGCCAAACAUCGACUUCUGACAUCUGAAGGAAGACAUCCAGUGGUUCCUGAUCUGUUUGUUGACUUGUCUUAUUAAAAUGGGAGAGCCUGGGUUAAGGGUGUUUGAAGCUACAGGUAGCAGCAACAGCGGUGCAUUUUCUUUCCUCGGGUUCUAAUUUUUCUUUGUCUGACAGUGAAGCCUUGCACUAACAGUGGUUCUGACUUCUGCAGCUCUAGCAUGUAAUAGCCCUUCACUAUACUUUUCAGGGAUAUUCCUUCCCUUGAACAUAAACAAACAGCCUCUGCAGCUGGUUAUGCUUUUUCAAAGAGUGCUAGUGCUUUAUCCCAACCUCAGCAUAUGGUACUAUCUAAGCAAACUAGCAGUCUAAAUGUGAAUGUACUUGGAACUUCUACCGACGUUUCAGAUUUGCCUUCUCCAAAAUCUUAUUUCUUAUAUGUGCACCUAAACAUGUAAAGUCUUAAUGAGUGAAAGAUGUGUAUCAUACAGGAGCUCCUUGAAGGAAGAAUGGAGUAUAAACACACCUAAUAAUAAAUCAAGGAGCCAGGGCUAACUGAGAUUCUUGAGUGUGUAGUCUGCGGCAAAUCUGUGUUGGAUGCCACAUAAUGGGCUUUUUUUAAAAAAAAGCCUUGAAGUAUGAGGGUGUACAUGCAGAGGACUUUUCAAUCAGGUUUUGAUUUGUCCAAACUCUUCCAAGAAAUUGGAAGCACUCCUUUAUUCAUCUGAAGCCUCAAGAUCUUUUAUUCAAAUUAUUCCAAUCUCCUAGCAAAAGCAGGUGCCUCCAAUAAGGUAUGUUCAUAUUGUUUGCUCUAUUACAUUGUGUUUAAUUCAGAUGCCCACUUGUUUUGUCUCUUCCCUGCUCCCUAUAGUUCUGUUUCCUUUUGCAGCUUUUAAACCAGAGUGGGAACUGUAACAUUUUUUGCUUUGUGAUGCAGACGUGCUGGUAUGGAAAUUCCCCACUUAACCAUUGCCAACAAGUUAAUCUCAGUGCUGAUCUUCUUGAUAGCAUAACUUUGCUAUUUAUACUUCCUUGUCUCAGACUUUAAGCUUCAAAUCUCUUUCCUCCCUACUUCCUCCUCCUAAGCCAACACACUCUCCAGUCCCAGAGCUUUCUUCUACCCUUCUUUGAGCCACACUCUUACUGACCUCAAUUAGCACUACAUUGCACAGACCUUGUCAGGGGAGGGCCUUUUCCCAUAACUUUAGCUGCAGCCACUUCCUUCUGUCCAAUUGGGUAGCUUGCCUCAGAUGAUCUGAUACAGCCCUAAACAGUGAAACUCAGUGCAAAAGUUCAGGCCAGGUUUUCUUUCUUUCUUUCUUUCUAAGUGCAGUGUGACAGAAGUGCAUUGUUCCAAAUUAGCUUGGUGAUGAAGCCAAAUUUGUGGUUGCAGUACAGAAACUGAGCAGAAACAAUGUAUGUUGUUACUCUUAGAAAUGUCUUGGGCUACUAGGAGGCAUUCUCUGUGGAGAGUACUCUGGUAUGUUAAUACUGCAGUAGUUAAAAUUAUAAACAUGUGAAGCAAUGUUAGGCACUCGAGGCUUCCAGUGUAUCUCGUACCAGACUGCCUUGCCUUGCCUUGACUUGAGUAGAUUAGCUCUCUUCUGUGUCUGUUGAGUUACCAGUAGCCAAUAACUAAUAGACUUGCUCCCUGUCUCUUAAAAAGAGGUAUUGUUGAUGAUGCACAGUGGUUCAGUCUGAUGGGUUGUGUCCCCGUCCCCCCGGCCCGGUAAGGUGGUUCCUGUCUAUUGGAUGUUACUUCAGGAGAGGAUUUUGCUUUGAAUCUGGGGGCUGUAAGCACUCAUUGGUAGAUUAAUUGCCUAAAGUGUUUCUCAGCUGAUCCAAUUUUAAUCUAUUGGUGCAAAUUUUCAUUGAUUGUGAGAAUUAAAGGUGCACUUGCUCAAUUUUUGAGACGGUUUGUUUUUGGUUCCAGUGUAGGGUUAUGAUGGGGACUGGAAAAGGAAAAUAGUAAAGAUAACCUUUGCUUCGGAUGAAAGUUGACUUUCAUUGUUGUAAAUUACUUUGCAUUUCCUUCAUUACCUCCAAAGACAACUAUGUUAACUUUUAAAUGUGGAAAUGUAUUUACAUUAAGUAGAUUAAUUGGUCAAAAGGCAUAUGAUCAACAAAUUGGCUGACAGCACAAAAUUUAUUCACUGCAACAUUUGAAAGUGUUAUAUAGAGUGAAUCCUUGUUGAAUCUAGUUCCUUUAGAGCAAGCUGUGGUUUCUGGACAAAUGGUGUUUUUAAAGCAGACACCAAGGUAUGAUUUAAGAUGAUCUUCAAGCUUCUUACAUUCAGGGAAUCUUCUCCAUGUUAACUCUUGUUCCAAAGAGACCCUGUUUAUUGCAGAGGAUUCUGAGUAGUGUUCAAGGUCACACUCUGCUCACAUGGGGCACUGACAAGUCCUAGAGGGCCUCACUAUGACUCUGGAUGAACUGAGAGUACCCUACAACACACCCAGAAUUUCCCUGAAGCUUUGUAUUGCAAGGCAGGAUUGAUAGUGUUCAGUAUACUGUCUUAUAUACUUGUCUGCCAUUACUGAUCUUUGCAAUGAGGAAUACCUGAUAGACUUGCAAGGAUUUCUCAGAACAUGGUGCAAAAACCACUAAAUUAAUGGAUGUAUUUGUCAAAAUGAGGCUGAAAUCUUUCGGAUUAGUACAUAGGAUCCCCCCCCCCCCGGCCUUGAGAAGAUACAAAAAUAGAGUAUGAAACAGAACAAAUUUGCUGACCCUACUUUGGUUUGUUUAAUAAUUCGUGACUAACGUUACUAGGCCCACAAUCCCAAAAUUGUUAGAAUAAGCCCCAUUGAACACAGUGGGAUUUAAUUCCAAGUCCUCUGAUGGAGAAAAGUGCCCACUGUAAAUCAUCCACUCAUUUCCACAACAUGUUAGAUGGAACUCAUAGCAUUUUCCCAUGCAAUGUUUCAUGCUCAAACAUUUGGUAGUGGCAAUAGGCAACUAGUCUCCUUUCAUUACCCUGCUAAUAAACAAGAAUGUAAUUAAUGUUGUCUAAUAUAGAACAUGUUUGUAAUUUUUUUAAUUGGACGGUAUGUUUUUUUUGGGGGGGGGGGGAGGGAGAGACUUAAGGUUUUUUUUAAAGGUACAUCUUGUUCUUGGUCUGCCAGUAUACAAUCAUGAUUUCCCCCCCUUUUUUAACCAAUCUAGGCUGUAUGUUUUAACUUUCCAUUUGUGUAAAAUAUGUACAGACAUGUUAAUAAAUCUUUUGAAGCACAA